AUGAUUCGUCGACCAUUGACAACAGUUUCGCUUCAAACGCCUGAUAUCGAUGCAUUGGAACAGAGUUUGGAGCGAAGAUACCAGGUAAGCUUUGAAAUUUGUGUUGUUAUAUGUUUUAGUAAAGUAAAAGCUUAUUUUUGUCAAAUGGAAUGGUUAAAACGGCAUUUUUUAAUGAUAAAGGAAGUCUUGGUGCUAACUUGGAUCAACAGGGGGACCAAGCUCAAUAGUUUGAUUUUUUAAAAUUGAAAUUCAGGACGCCAUGCCUGCGUAUUACCUUAUGUUAUAGUUAUAUAUCUUACUAACCACUACUCUUUAGAACAAUAAGCACGACAUGAAAACCAGUUCACCGUUAUCAGUAACCGUCCGAACCGCCGAUACUCCAUUUCGGUGUGCUCGUCGGCCAGAAGCGUUCGCUCCGAAUCGUGAAAGACAUCAACAGAAUGACGGACAAACUCCAUCAACCGCCUCUCAAGCUCAAGCUUCACCACGACAGUCCGGAUCUAAUGCUUAA